UCACUGGCAACUUUUAUUGUCGCAUGCAUGGGUCUACCCAAGCAGUGCAUAAAACUGCAAGGAAAAUUAUUUGCUGGAACUAUUCUUUUGCUGGAACCAACGAAGACAGUGUAGGCUCAAUAGUCGUCAGCUAUGGCUUUUAGUCUAAGUCACCGCGCCAUACUAGAUAGCAAUGUACGUCACAUCUACAGCGGUUCUCACGCUGGCUACAACCUGAGGCAGUGGGAGGCACCUGAAGGGUCGGCGGGUCAAGGACAGCGUCAGAGUUCAGAGCGGUACCGCCAUCUUCUGUGUUUGGAGGAGUACGACCAGCAGUAUAAAACACGACUACCUAUUGCACCAGCGUUUAAACGAGUCACCGGAAAGGAAGAUGUUUUCAAAGCCACAGACCCACCUCGAUAUCACCACCCAUUUUACAGGAUGACCAACGCAGACUAUAAACAAUACGCUGGUCAGUUCAUGGAGGAGAGACAUAGAGCUUGGCUGAGGCAGCGCAGGGUUUACACAACUGGACCCCAACGUUAGGCGCCCUGGACCCACGGCUAGGCGCCCUGGACCCACGGCUAGGUGCCCUGGACCCACGGCUAGGUGCCCUGGACCCACGGCUAGGUGCCCU